AUGUCUUCAAUUCUCGUUACAUACGAUGGGGACUUGAUCUCGCAUUCAUAUGAUGCUGGCUUCAUUGUUCUAUCGUACCUUGUCAGUCUGGCAGGAUGCUGGACCUCAUUAGAGCUUCUCCAAAGGAGAACGGGAACUCGGGGAUAUUACAACUGGUACCUCUUGCUUGCAGCCGCCUGUACUAUGGGGGCAGUAGCUAUCUGGUCCAUGCACUUCAUUGGCAAUCGAGCAAUUGUUAUGGCCAAUGGUAAACCAGAUAAUCAGAUCCAAUACAGCCCGGGCUUCACUGCUGGUUCCUUCUUCCUACCAGUCUGCGUCGUCGGUAUAGCUUUCUACUUCUUCAGCGUCUCCGAGAAAGUGAGCAUACUAGGAACCAUGGUGGGAGGACUUCUGGUCGGUUCGGCUGUGUGUGGAAUGCAUUACAUGGGUCAGAAAGGCAUCGCCAAUUACACCCCGUCCUACUCAUGGAGACAUGUCUUCGGGUCUGCCAUCAUUGCUGUGGCUGCAGAUACUGUUGCUCUCGGGGUCUUCUUCUACUUUAGAUCAACUUGGACAAACAGUUGGUGGAAACGCAUGUCUUGUGCGUCCCUACUAGCAGUGUCGGUGUCUGGGAUGCACUGGGUAGCCACUGUGGGCACAGCAUACCGAAUGAGGGCAGACAUGAUGCAGAACACGAGCGGGCUCUCGAGGGAAGCCACAGUUGUAGUGGUGAUCUGUUUGUCUAUCGGCUGUUGCCUUAUGCUCGUCAUAUUCUCCCUGAUAGGUCAACGAUCAAGACAGCGGUCAGCGGACAGAGCGCAGCAAGUCGUGUUGGCAUGCGCGACAUUUGACCCUGAAGGGCGACUCAUGGUCACACCAGAAGGCUUAUUGCCCUGUUGCAAGAUCACCGGUUCAUACCACGAACGGUCUUUCGAGGAAGUUUUCGAUAUGGAUCAUCCAGUCUUUUGCUGGAUCUAUCGGGCGUCACGUUGCUGGUAUGGAGUAUCGGAUCUUCUUCCAGGCAUGCGCUCACGUCUGCGCGACGCGAAGCCUUUCAAGCAUUCGCGGUACCGCCGUAGGGCAGGAAGCGUGGAUGACAGCACAGGAGAUUACUCUACGCUUUUCAAACAGCUGUUCUGCGUUGCUGCAAAAGACCUUGCUGACAUUGUUCAGCUGCCGCUAGAAGAUGUCGGAGUCUUGGAUGGGACUAUCAUGAACACCGGUACACUCAGCAAAUCCGCGAGAUUGAAGCUCUGGCAAGGACUACCAACGCGGCAUAAUCAGCUUGACGACGCCGAGAAAGGCCGAAUGCCCAUGAUCUUUGGACGUGGACAAUUGCUUUUCCUUGUUCGUAGAGCAAGUCGCUCCCAGGCAUCGCACCUACAAUCCACUGGUCAUCGGUUUGCUACUAUCUCAAACGUCAUCGAAGUUCUUGCACGAAGUAUGGAAGUUACGAAAGCGGAACUGCUUCCUCAGCUUAAACGCAUGCGAGAUCAGUCGGAAGCUGAGCGGCUUCUGGAGCCGGGUGUACAUCUGGGCUGCUUCGCACUGCGCCCGCUCUUCCAUAGGGGUUUCGACGUCCUUGUUCGCAAAGAUGCCGGUAAUCUGAUGCCCACCUCCAGCUUGACAAAGUCGAAGCUCGAGCAAUGGCAAAUCGACGUACUCCAACGAAUGGAUAACUGGACGGUUGCAACGUGUUGUGAGAGACUUCGGAGAGGAUCAUUAUUCGCAGACCCAAAGCAGCAACAAUUUUCCAGAGAGCUGUUGGAAAGUCUUACGGUCCUCGCCGGCAGGGUAGACAGCGCUUUCUUCGAGGAGGCGCGACUUGUAGCAACACCUCUCCGAGCACCUUGUGAUGUCUCAAAAGGCAAUUCGUCAUCGCAAGAAGCAUUCGUGGUCGCCUUUAGGGUCAUUACAGAUGCGUAUCAAUCCAGCUCACUGAACAACCGAUACGAGUUCGCUUCGCUGAGGUUCUUCCUCUCCCAGCAGCAUGCACACCGGGAUAGUGCGGAUAACGCAGUGUUUGCCCGCAGGAUACACAGGGAAUUUGCCGCAAUUGCAAGCCGCGAAGACUGUGAUAACAAUUCAUUAAGAUGCCCACGCGCCUCUUACCAUCCCUCCUCGGAUCCACCCUGUGGAAACAAGCGAAGCAGGACACCAUCGCCUAAUAGAAACAAGAGAUGGACGUCUCGAAUUCGCGCGAAUGGCAACAAGGUAAAUGACGACAGCUCCUCAGAGAAGAACCUCGUGAACGGGAGUCCAAAGGCGAGUGCGCGUGCCUUUGGUGGAAUUCACGUAGCAAACGAGAUCGAUAUCGACGUCAGAGAAGUCACAAGAAACAGCCACACCCCGGAUGUGGAGAUGAGCAGCCUCGGAUGCUAUGCUGAAGCUGGCGUGGGGGAUAUCGAGGGAGAAUCUUUUGCCGACGAGCUGGCAGCGUUGACAACGGACGAGCGAAGAAAGCAACGCACGACAGGAUUUUAA